ACGCAUACGCAAGCGCAUUGCUUUUCGGCACUCUCUAACACCUGAAAAAGGAGACGCUAAACUAAAACAGGACACAAGGGGGCGUGAUCUAGCUAGGCUUUUUCCUGUCGUGCCCGGAAGUGUAUCGUGCCCGGUGUUUUGCUGGCCAAUUUACAACAGGGAAGAGGGUGAGGCGUUCAAAGAACCGAGAAGAUCGUUGCUGCUGAAAUCUUGGAUGAUAUCGGGGCUGACUGCAGCGGGAGGUCAAAAUGGGAUUCAUCUUUUCCAAGUCAAUUAAUGAAAAUAUAAAGAGUCAACAGGAAUUCAUGCUGAUGAACUCUAGACUCCAGCUGGAAAGGCAACUCCUAAUGCAGAACCAGAUGCGAGAGAGGCAGAUGGCUAUGCAAAUUGCUUGGUCAAGAGAAUUCCUCAAAUAUUUUGGGGCAUUUAUUGGACUUGCAGCUGCGGGUCUCACCGCUGGGGCUAUUAAAAAGAAGAAGCCUGGACUUUUUCUUCCAAUAGUUCCAUUAGGCUUUAUAUUUGCCUACCAAUAUGAUAUGGGUUAUGGAUCACUUCUACAGAGAAUGAAAGGUGAAGCAGAAAACAUACUUGACACAGACUGUAAUAUGCUUGAAAUGCCAAAAGGACCCCUCACUUUUGAAGGCCUUGAAAAAGCCAGAAGAGCACAGAGCAAGUUUUUCAUUGAAAGAUAAUUUCUUUAUGCAGCAAUGCUACAGAUAAUAAGAACACAUAUUUGUAAUCAUGUUGCUGACUUAAAUGAUAUGAUCCAACAGAACAUGCACAGAGCCCUUCAAAAGAGUUAGAAACCUCUUAUUAAUCAGGUAUUUGGUGAAAAGGGAAGAUCAGGGGAUGACUGACCUUGGCCACCCCCUGCCCUGUAAGUGAAGAGUUUAAUUUUUGAUGUGGGCCUGAAUGUACCCCCAGCUGUUUGUAUCAGAGGAACUGUUAUGCACAUGUAACUCUAGUUGGACCUGAAUGAAUUUUUUUUAAUGAUUGGAAUUGUCAGAAUACAAUGUGCUUAAUGGAAAUAAAUUGAUUGUUUUUCUUCA